AUGUUAACUCAGGGACAUGGAUAUAGAGAUGCUUACUCAUCCAACCACAUCUCCCGUCAUGACGGACAUCUUCACCCAGUGCACGGCCACCACGGUCACCACUAUGACUACUACGCUUACCCUAAAUAUGAAUUCGAAUACAAAGUGGCCGAUCCCCAUACGAGAGACUUUAAGAAACAACGUGAAUUACGAGAUGGAGGUUUAGUUAAGGGUUUCUACGAACUCCUGCAACCUGAUGGACACGAGAGGAGAGUAGAUUACUACAGCAACGAUAAGAUUGGUUUCCAAGCUGAUGUGAAAUACAAUAUUAAUCAUCGUUAUCCGUAUGCAAGAUACUACAGACCGUACCCAGAUCACUACCGAAGAUCAUACUACUAUCAAUAA